AUGACGCAGGUGCUAUUUGAGAAAUGGCUGCGCAGAAUGGACCGUCGUUUCGUUAGAGAGGGUCGGAAAGUUCUGUUUUUGGUCGACAACUGCCCGGGACAUGGCAUCGUUAGUGGACUUACGGCCAUUCGAGUGGAGUUUCUCCCGCCAAACACCACGGCCAGGCUGCAGCCAAUGAAUCAGGGAGUGAUCAGCAGUCUCAAAAGGCAUUACAGGCAGUCCCUUCUCCAAAGAAUGCUUCUGUGCAUGGAGAAUGGUAAAGAAUACCAAGUGACCCUCCUAAGUGCAAUCCACCUUCUGUCCAAUGCCUGGGAACAAGUUAGUAAAGCAACCAUAGCCAACUCGUUCAGGCAUGCAGGAUUCAUCCAGGACGGCUGCUCAGCUGCAGAGGAAGGCAGUGAAGAGUUGCAGGAGGACACAGACUUGAUGUCUACACUGAGCAGUAUUGGUGUGCCGGUGGACAUUGCUGUAUACUCCAGUGUUGAUGAUGAUGUCGCCACAUGUAGGGAGGACACCAUGGAUGCGCUGAUUGAAGAGGUGCUCUGUACUGGAGCACAGACGUGUGAUGACGAAGUGGAAAAUGGGUGUGAAGACGACGAACUUCCACCAGUCACCUCUAAUACUGCAGAUGAUGCUUUCAGCAUAUUGGUGCAAUAUUUCCAGCAACACAAUGACACUGAACAAUUUCUCGCAAACAUUGGAUAG